AUGGAGAGUUCAGAUGUAAAAUUCCCUGACCUGAAAUGGGCCCAAAGGUCAGACAGAUUACUUGUCACAAUCGACUUGCCAGGAGCAAAGAACACAAAGAUCGACUUGAACCCGGCUGGGCACUUGAAAUUCACUGGAGAAGUUGGACCUCAGAAAUAUGCUAUGGAGAUGGACCUCUACAAGGAAAUAAUCCUUGAAGAGAGUAAGUGGAACCUCAAGGGCAGAAAUGUCAUUCUCAAUAUCGUCAAGAAGGACCAAGAGGAUGAGUACUGGCCCAGAAUCACGAAGGAAAAGAUCAAACACCCUCAUAUCAAGAUCGAUUGGGCCAAGUGGGUCGACGAAGAGGAACAAAAUGAAGCCCCAGCAGCUGAUUAUGGAGACUUUGACCCAGACAAAAUGAAUGAGUUCGGCAUGGGCGACUAUGAAGACUCUGAUGAUGACGAAGAGGAGGAAGUCGAAGAUCCUAAGGAGGCAGUAGCAGAUCUAGAUGACCUUGAUGCUGAAGAAGAAGCUGAUAAUGCUCCCAAAACCCAAGAGGCAUCAGCAUAAGCGCCAAUAAGGAAAUUUAGUUGAUAAGUAUAAAUUUAAUGAGCCAGUUUUGCUCUUUAAUGCUUUCACCCAUGAAACAAUCUAAAAAUUCCUGGAUUUCACCGAGCCCACAUU